CUUUCUAUCAUAUGGUCAACCCGGCAUUUCUGAGAAGAUACUUUCUCGGAUGAUCAACGUGCUCGAUAGUUUCGUGGAAUGCGAGAUAUAAAAGGGCUACACAUCAGAGCUAUUGUCCCUCAGUUCAGAGACAGUAUUCGAGCCUUCCACUCCUACCAACUCAAUCAGCCAUGACUUUCAUUCGUGCUGGUGUUCUGCUUGCCUCUGUCGUCGCUGGUCUGGCCGCGACUAUACCUCGUUCUCUGCCCUCUGGUACCGUUACCUGCGGAAGCAACAAGUACUCUGCGUCUGAACUCACCGCUGCCAUCAAUGCUGGCAUUGCGGAUAUGGACAGUGGGAACUUGCCUGACGAUUACCCUCACCAGUAUUAUAGUGAAUCUUCAGAGCACAUCACUUUGUGGUGUAGCGGAAAUGGCCCGUGGUACGAGUUCCCACUCGUCCCGGGAGGGUCCAUCUACACCUCGAGCGACAGCCACUACGUCUCUCCUGGAACAGACCGCGUCGUCUUCACCGCCAGCGGCACAUAUUGCGCUGUCGUGACGCACACCGGUGCUGCAUCUUACGAUGGUUUCGUUGCCUGCGAGGGCGAUUAGAUAGUCCUUUGGUGGGGUCUUCUAGAGAGAGAACAUGAAAGUGUCUGUGUGGUCGUUAGCAUGUUCGCCCAUAUUUGGUAUUUUCUUUGCUAAAGAAAAAUCAACGUCAUUUCCCCGUCAUCCGAAUCGGGACUGCUCUGGUUGCCACAAUGGUGUGGCGUCUUUUCAAGUUCCAAUCUGCCCUCGGCAUCCGGCGGGAGAUCGUCC